GAACGAACCUUGGCUGAAAGAUCGAGCAGUUGGCUAAGGUGGAACCUUGCGGGUUGGUGGGGUUGACUCCCGCACCCCAGCUGAAGCUUCAACCCGUCAUCGCCACCGUCGUGUCCGUCCCUCUGACAACUUCUUCUCUCCUUCUCCGAACCUCAACCCUUCUCUUUCCCCAAUGGGGACUUAUCAAGAUGAAGAAAACACUCCUCCUCUGCUUCAUUCAUGGCUUCAAGGGGGGUGAGGACACCUUCGGCCACUCGUCCGAAUUCACCGAGCACCUCGCCGCCCUCCUCAGCGCCGCCCUACCCAAAAUCAACGUACGCAGCAUCACCUACCCGAAAUAUGAAACCCGCGGCGACCUGUACGAAUGCGUGGGCCGCUUCCGCGACUGGCUGCUCGAGAAAGUCAUCGACCUCGAAGUCGCAGCCGGCACCCCAUCGCCCACCGUCGACCCGAGUGUGCGCGUUGUGCUGAUUGGUCACUCCAUGGGCGGUAUUAUCGCAGCCGAGACCGCGAUUGCACUUGCGAGUGAUCGGCCUAUCAAGGAGAGCGAGGGCGGUGCUUCGCCAGAGCCGAGUGUGGUUAAUGGACUUAUGUUUCCGUAUAUACAGGGCGUGCUUGCGUUCGAUACGCCAUAUUUAGGCAUUUCGCCGGGGGUCGUGGCCCAUGGAGCUGAGGGGCAUUAUAAUAAUGCGAGUGCUCUGUUGUCGCAGCUCGGUGGGCUGUCGGCCGUCUGGGGAGGGAGUAAGGCGGCUGAAGAUGCGGCUGUGAAGAGCGUGGGUAAGAAACCCGUUGCGGCGCUUGAAGCACCGCCGGCGGCGGACAAGAGAGACGACAAGGGGGGUUGGGGGAGCUGGGGGAAGAUCGCCAUGAUUGCUGGGACCGCUGGUGCUAUUGCCGCUGGUGGAGCCGCUGCGUACAUGAAAAAGGACCAGAUUACCGAGGGCUGGAGCUGGGUCAGCAGUCAUCUUGCCUUUGUAGGGUGUUUAGCAAAGGGCCAGGAGUUGAAGAAUCGAAUCAACAACAUGAUGCGGCUGAAUCACGAGCUCGAUGUUGGUUUUGCGGUUAUAUAUACGAGGUUGGGGAAGGCAGCCAGCUCUAAGGAAGUCAGUAUGGUUGGCACUGUCAUGGGCAACCAGCGGACAUUCUGCAACCUGCCCAACAAACAGACGGCUGGCGAAUGGAAAGAAGCUGUCAAUGAUUCGGCAAAGGAUGAAAUCGGUGCUCAUAUGGCCAUGUUCGAAUCUUCUGAGAAUCCCGGGUAUCAGCCACUCUCUGAAGAUGCCAAGGACUUCAUCACAAAGUGGGCAAAGAACGAAUGGUACGAGUCAAGCAGCAUGGAAAUAGAGGAGCCAUUAAUGGAUUGGGACGAAGCCAAAUCGGACGGCCGGGAUGCCCCAAUGGAUAGGCAAGAAGCAUUUUCAGCCUAGGGUAUACGCGCGGGCCGGCGUUUGGCUCAUGAUACUUCUUUGGCCUACAUUGGAUGGCGCCUGCCGAGACCACUAACAUUACCAUAAACAUCUUCAAAUGAUCAGCGCGCUUGUGAGAGUGCUCGUAGGUUGUUGAUUUUCAUGUUCCCUUUAGAGGAGUUACUCCAUCACCCGGCGUGGUUUAAAUGCUUCUACCCGUUCA